AGGGCUCCGGCAGGCGGUGGGGGUAUGAAAGACCGCUGGGUCUUGUAGUUCAGGUGCAGCUGGGAGCCACUAUGCCGUUGAGGGGCAUCCAGGUCGUGGAGCUGGCGGGCCUGGCCCCGGGUCCGUUCUGCGGUAUGGUCCUGGCUGACUUCGGGGCGCAGGUGGUGCGCGUGGACCGGCCCGGCGGGAGCGGCGACGUGAGCCACUUGUCCCGGGGCAAGCGCUCGCUGGUGCUGGACCUGAAGCAGCCGCGGGGAGCGGCCGUGCUGCGGCGCCUGUGUGCCCGGGCGGACGUGGUGCUGGAGCCCUUCCGCCGCGGUGUCAUGGAGAAACUCCAGCUUGGCCCAGAGAUUCUGCAGCGGGAGAAUCCGAAGCUUAUAUAUGCCAGGCUGAGUGGAUUUGGCCAGUCAGGAAGAUUCUCCAGGUUAGCUGGUCAUGAUAUCAACUAUUUGGCUUUGUCAGGUGUUCUGUCCAAAAUCGGCAGCAGUGAGAAUCCGUAUGCCCCGCCAAAUCUCGUUGCUGACUUUGGUGGCGGAGGCCUCAUGUGUGCACUGGGCAUUAUGAUGGCUCUUUUUGAACGCACACGCUCUGGCAAAGGUCAGGUCAUUGAUGCAAAUAUGGUGGAAGGAGUAGCAUAUCUAAGUUCUUUUCUGUGGAAAAGUCAAAAAUUGUGGUCGGAACCUCGAGGACAAAACCUGUUGGAUGGGGGAGCACCUUUCUAUACAGUUUACAAGACUGCAGAUGGGGAGUUCAUGGCUGUGGGAGCACUGGAGCCCCAGUUCUAUGAGCUGCUGCUCAAAGGCCUUGGACUGAAGUCAGAUGAACUUCCGCAUCAGAUGAGCACGGAGCAUUGGCCAGAAAUGAAGAAGUUGUUUGUAGAUGUAUUUGCAAAGAAGACAAAAGCAGAGUGGUGUCACAUCUUUGAUGGCACAGAUGCGUGUGUGACUCCGGUUCUGACUUUUGAAGAGGCUGCCCAUCAUGAUCAUAACCAGGAACGGGGCUCGUUUAUCACUGACGAGGAGCAGGGCGUGAGUCCCCGCCCUGCACCUCUGCUGUCCGACACUCCUGCCAUCCCUUCUUUGAAAAGGGAUCCUUUAGUAGGAGAACACAGUGAGGAGAUACUUAAAGAAUUUGGAUUCAGCCAGGAAGAGAUUGAUCAGCUUAAUGCAGAUAAAAUCAUUGAAAGUAAUAAACUAAAAGCUAACCUCUGACUCUCGGCCCACAGCUCAGGUGAAUCGGAAUGCUGCAUUCACAGUAAAGAACAGCAUGUAAAAUGGGGUGCAGGGGAGCAUGGAGGAGCAGAAUCACGGUGGUCUGAGCAGCCUAAUCAAGACACAGCAAGACGCAGCAAGACACUGACCAGUCUCAGUAAUGACUGAACGUCGAGAGUGCUUAGCAUCAGGGCUUUUGAUUUGGAAGCGCUUUACAUACUUCUACUAAAUUGUGGCAGUUUCUCUGCCUUCCAGUUAUUUGGUAGAAUGUAUUUGUUGACAUUAAGAUACCUAUAUACUUAUUUUUCAGCAAAUUAAUAUAUGUUUUUAUUAAAUAAAACUCUUUUCCCCUAAAGUA